GCGUGAAAAUCCUGCCCAUUCCUGUGCUCUCCAACAACUACAGCUACCUAGUCAUUGACACUGCCUCGGGCCGGGCAGCCGUCAUCGACCCCUCAGACCCGCUGGCUGUGCAGGCUGCCAUUGAAGAAGAAGGGGUGAUGUUGGAGGCCAUAUUCUGCACUCACAAACACUGGGACCACAGCGGGGGGAACGCAGCACUCCACCAGCGGCACAGCUCCUGCAAGGUGUAUGGCAGCGCCCUCGAUGCCAUCCCAGAGCUCACCAACCCACUUGCAGACAGGGAGAAGGUGAGUGUGGGCUGCCUGACCUUCGAGGCGCUCGCCACGCCCGGUCACACCGUGGGCCACAUGGUGUACGUGCUGGAUGCGGGGCCCUUCGGUGGUCCCCCUUGCCUCUUCUCUGGUGACCUCCUCUUCCUUGCUGGCUGCG